ACCACAUAUUACUGUCCAAGCGCAAAAGCAAACGCCAUUCAAUAUACUUUUAACUACCCUUUAUGCCAGCGCAAGAUCCCCUCCACCAUUCCACAGACAGCUAUCUUCCAGACCCUUCAUGGCAAGAUGACGCCUCGGAUGACUUUAUUCUCGACACGACUUGGGACGCUCCUCACCAUCGCGGUACAUUACACAGCCGCGAAGGAAAGCGCAGGCUACUCCUGAUAUACAUCCAUGGCUUUCUCGGGUCAGAAGACAGCUUUUAUGGGUUUCCUAGAAAGGUCCACAAUCUCCUCAAGGCAGCGCUGUCUCGGACUCAUGUUGUAAACACAAAGAUAUACCCGCGAUAUAAGUCGCAAGGACCUUUAGACGUUGCCCGCGAUGAUAUCAUCCAGUGGUUAUCGCCUCACCAGGCUCCAGAUUUGGAUCUCAUACUGCUCGGUCACAGCAUAGGAGGUCUUGUCGCCGCGGAGGUUGCACUCGCGACCUCUUGCAAUAUCAGCAGCCAUACUAUUUCGAGCAGUCGCCUGAACCAUCACUUUGUCGGCUUGGUGACCUUUGAUGCUCCAUUUCUUGGCCUUCAUCCACGCGUCGUUGGAACGGGAAUCGGCAGGUUGUUCUCUCGAAAAGGAGAGACAAACAACGAGGCGCAAGACGUAUUACAGCGUGAUGGCACACACAGCCUAGCAAUUGAAGAUGAUGCAACAUUCGACUCAGGCUCAACUAGUGAUAUAAAGAAACCUCGGCGGACCGCAUGGGAUGGGGCCCGCCAUUUCAUUAAAAAGAAUGCAGGCCAGGUGUCCCGUUCUACCCUCCAGUACGUGUUCUCAUACUAUGACCAUGUCGGCUGUCUGAACAACUAUUUCGGCCUCGUCAGACGACACAAAAAACUCUGUCAUUGGGCCAAGGGGGGCGAAACAGGCAGAGGGUUGCGAUUUGUUAACUACUAUACCUCUGCUGGCCGACUUGGCGAACCGCUGGCCAAUAAUGAUCGCCAAAAUGACAAGUUUCACAGCGAUAAGGAAUCUCUUACCUGCAACGAAAUGAGGCAAAUGUACGAUCAUUCCAAUUCACAGUCCCGGGGGCGACUGUUCUGCUACGUUCCAGAAAAGGCCCGCGGUGAGAAUCUCUGGGUACCUCUAUACAUGGACGGCAUGGACGAAAUUACCGCCCACCAGUCCAUGUUCCUUCCCCUUGGCACAUAUUACGAGCAGCUGGUUGGGAGCACUGUGGCACGAAUUGAAAGCUGGAUCUUAUGAGUGUACAUAUUCCCGGAACCAUGAAGGCUAUAUCUAUACAAGGGAUCAGCAAGUAAGUCGAGUUAAUAACCAGC